AUGUUCCGCAAGAUUUCCACGUCAAUAUGGCCGUCGAGGAAUGAGGUGCACGAAGUUGAACAGGCAGAGCCCUUGCUCACACGCCGUGUCAGUGAUGCCUUCGUGCCAGGCCCUUUGACGAACGAUGAUGUAAAGCUCUAUGAAUACGGAGUCGAAGAAUUGAGUGAUGAAACAUCAACGAACAAUCCAUUCCUGGACCCUAAUGUUGCCGGGCACUGGACGAAGAUCUAUGAGAAGGCCCAGUAUGAAUGCAGACACAUUUUUGACCCUGAAGAGCGGUGGUCCCAAGGCGAAGAACGCGCCCUGGUGAAGAAAUUGGACAAACAUGUAUGCUUCUGGGCGUGUGUCAUGUUCUUCGGUCUCCAAGUCGAUCGUGGAAACCUGGUCCAAGCUGUCUCAGAAGACAUGCUCUCUGACCUAGAGCUCAAUACCAACGACUAUAAUUACGGGAAUAUAUUAUUUCUUGCCGCAUUUAUAUGUGCAGAGCUCCCAUCCCAGCUUGUUUCAAGGAGAAUGGGCCCCGAUAGAUGGAUUCCUUUGCAGAUCACUGUCUGGAGUAUUGUGGCGAUGUCGCAAGCCACUCUUACUGGAAAGAUCGGAUUUUACGCAACGAGGUUAGCCUUGGGAAUAUUGGAGGGUGGGUUCAUUCCAGUGAUGGUGCUGUGGUUGAGUUAUUUCUACAACAGCAGGGAACUGCCAAUCAGACUCAGCUUCUUUUGGACGACUUUGAGCAUUACCACAAUUGUUACGAGUCUGUUGGCGUACCUGUUGCUACACAUGAGAGGUGUGUGGGGAUGGGCAGGAUGGCAGUGGCUAUUCCUAGUAGAGGGCUUCAUUACCUUCUGUAUAGGCAUAGCUUCCUUUUUCAUGAUGCCUGCAUCCGUAGCGCAAACCAAAACAUGGUUUCGUCCGAAAGGUUGGUUUACGGACCGCGAGCUCAGCAUAGCAGUGAAUCGGAUCCUGCGCGACGAUCCUUCCAAAGGAGAUACGCACAACCGCAAAGCAUUAACAUUGAAGAGCUUGUUUGAGGCAUUACAAGAUUAUCAUCUUUGGCCUCUGUACGCGAUUGGGUUAGUGGUGCACAUACCUCAGGCACCCCUUCACAAGUACAUCACUCUCAUUUUCAAGGACCUUGGCUUCAGUACAUUCACCACAAACCUUCUUGUUAUACCCUCUAGUAUAACGCACAUCAUCAUGCUCCUCCUCACCACGAAACUCAGUGAUGUUUUCCAGGAACGCACCUUUGUUUCCAUGACGCAGAGCCUCUGGACGCUACCGUGCCUAAUUGCAUUACGUUUCUGGAAGAAUUUCAUGCGGGAUGCUUGGGGAAGCUUCACUCUGGUCACGACACUGUUGAGCUAUCCUUAUUGCCACGCUAUAUUAGUUGGCUGGACGAGCAAGAAUGCGAACAAUGUCGGCACCAGAACAGUAUCGGCCGCAAUGUAUAACAUGAUGGUCCAGCUGGGGAGUGUCAUGGGCAACAUGACAUAUCGCGAAGAUGACAAGCCUCUUUAUCACCGCGGAAACAGCUGGCUGAUAAUGGCUAACAUAUUCUCAAUUGUUAUGUUUCUCUUGACGAAGCUAUAUUACACGUCGGUCAACAAACGGCGAGAGAGGAAGUGGCAGCAGAUGACGGUUGAGGAGCACGUCGCGUAUCUCAAAACCACCAAGGACGUGGGAACUGCUCGGCUGGACUUCCGACUACUACAAACCGGACACCACUCGGAUUUCACCAUCAAAUGCAGUGAUGGCCAUGAGUACAAGGUCCACAAACUCAUCCUGUGCGCUCACAGCAAGUUCUUUGACGCCGCUAGCCGAUUUGGAAAAGAAGGCCAAAGCGAGGUUACGCUGGACGAUGACCCUACGAUUGUAAAAUACAUGCUUCAGUACAUAUAUGGACAUGACUACGAAGUACCUUCUGAUUCCUCGGCCUUAUGGAAACAGGUUCGCGUAGCGUACCAUGGAAAAGAGGAUGACGACGACUCCGGAAGUUGGUGGGAUGACGGGUUUGAGGGAACGGACCGGCAGAUGAGGAAGAUCUGGCGCGCUUUCUUUGGGUGCCUCACGGAAAGGCAGAGGGUAGAGGCAAUAGAGAUGAUGAAACUCGAGAUUCCAUUCUGGGAGGAAGGCGACCUUGUUAAUGUGAACUCCUCACCAGUUUCCGUGGCCUUGAAGAGUAUUGCUUCCCACUUCGAUAUGCACGAUUACCAGCUGUAUAAUCCGCCACACUACAAGGACAUAUAUGACCAUGCGCGAGUUUACGCCCUUGGAGAUAAGUAUGAACUUUUUGGCUUGAAAUACUGCGCUGCGCGAAAAUUCCAGAAAAGCUGCGGGCACUUGGCUGGUGGCAAGGCUUUCCGGAAAAUUGCACAAUACGUCUUCUCGUCUACAUCCGAUUCGGACCGAGGGCUACGCGAUGUAAUCAUUGCUGAGUUACAUGAGGAACUGAGGGUGGCUGGCAUGACGAAGUGGUCUCAUGCGCUUCUUCAAGACAUUCCUGAGCUUUCGUAUCAGUUGCUACGUUACCAACACGACGCAUCUGACUUUGACGAUGGCGUUGAGGUCUCCGAUGAAGACAAGAGUGUUUAUGAUGGUUAGAGCGGGCAUUUCUCUUCCGCUGGAAGAACGGCGGUGUGGUAGAGUUCAGUUUAUAAAUUGGACAAGCGCGCAACAGACCACUGGAUGAAGUUUCAGGACAAGAUUUAUUCGCAGUCCUGCAACAUUUUUGCUCCAUGCUGCCUAUUUCUGGUCCCGCAUCAGCCUGAAAGAUGCCAGCCAAUUUGAGCAGUGGUUCACUCAGGCUGAGGAGGACCGCGCCACAACCCUUGAACUUCUUCAAACACAUUUGCAGAGAAUGCCAAUGAACGGGAAACUGGCAAUUGUCCGCUGCUCGCCCUCCCCAAGUUCCAAGGGAGUGGGAUAAGGGAGAUAACCAAACGACCAAUUUGUAUAGAAUACAUAAACUCUGC